AUGACCCUCGUGUUCUCUGCUUCCUCUCUCCAGGUUCCCAACUACCUUCCCUCUAUAAGUGCCGCCAUUGGUGGGGUGGCCCCGCAGCGCUACGUCUGGAGGUUCUGCAUCGGGCUGCACUCCGCUCCUCGGCUUCUCGUGGCCGUCGCCUAUCUGAACUUCUACCUGAGCUCCGGAGCCUCCUAUUGGUCCAGCCGCAUCAACUUCCUGCUCAACGUGUCCGAGAUCCUGUGUCUCCUCCUCCUGACCUACGUCUCGUCCAAUGACAACCACGAGAUCCAUCAGGGGGCAUUUUCCCUCUUCAUGGUUUCUUCUCUCGGUUACAUGUCGGUAACGCUUCAGAUUUGGAGAAGAACCCGGAAACAUUCAGCAAGUUCUGAGGAACGGAGGUCGUAUGACUACAAGAAGCGUCUCUUCCUCUUCAAUCUUCUGACGUUUCUGAUCUCCAUCUUGUUCUUCAUCCGACACAACGUGUACUGCGAGGCCGGAGUGUACACCGUCUUCGCCUUCCUGGAGUACCUGGUGGUCCUCUCUAAUAUGGGAUUCCACAUGACGGCGCGCUGGGACUUCGGCAACAAAGAACUUCUCGUCUGCUCCCCGGAGGAGGACAAACGUAUCUAAGGGGCGGGGCCCAGAUCGUA